AUGAAAUCGAUUUUCAUCAUAGUUUUUAUAUUUUUGGAUUUUAUAUUUCACUCGGAAUCUCAACAAAUUAACUGCCAAACAAAUUGUAUUUCUCCUCAGAUUUGCGAUUUUAAUACAGGUAUGUAUAUUUUCGUUGACACAAUAAACCUGUCAAAAUAUUAUCAAUCUUUUUCCAAAAAAAAAUAUUUGCUGCACAUGAAUAAAACAUGGGUGGUAUACUAUUCAUUUUCCACGAAACAGACAGUGACUUUAUUUCAAUAUUAAAAUAAACUAUUCGUGGAAUGCUAUGGGAAAUUGAAUAAUAUUAAAAAUUUCUGUGUCUAUGUAUGUACAAAACACAUUUUUCAUUGAAAGGUUUUUUGACGAGAAUUCAAUCAAAAUUUUAUGGAAAUUUUGGAAGAUUUAUGAGUCUUUCUGAGAUUUUUUUUUGCUGGAAUCGUAUAGUGAGAAUUAAUGCAUAUUGACGUCACAGAAAUUAUAUGAGAAGCAGCAAGGGGUUGAUGACGAAAAAAAAUACAGAAACUUUUACCAAGGGAUUUUUUCGAAGGAAAAUUUUCGUUGUAUUUCAUUAUCACAUAAAGUUUUUGUUUUUUGAAAAUCAAAAUAAAGAAGUUGUUUCCGUAAACGCGUAUUCACAAAAAAGACCACCAACAAAGUUGUUAUUUUUCUAACAAUACUGCACUAAUCUAGAUUUCUUACAGAAAUAACAUCUCUCACGAAUUUCAUGUUAGUGAAAACUGUAUUGCAAAUGAAGUAUUUUCCAAUUAAAUCCUAGCAUUCUAUGCUACGUUUGAUACGGAAACCUUACAUUGUAUGUACAAAAAAAAUCAGAAGCCAUAUAAAAAAAUUUGAAAAGCUAUUUUCGGCUAUUGUCAUCAUUUUACUGUUGCGAAUUUUUGAAAGUUUCAAAUUACAUUCUCUUUUUUAUUGUUUAUAAUUUUUAUAAACAUUUGAAAAGCUCUUGCCAGGACCACCCACAAUUUUCACUAUAUUUUCAAUUUUUCGGUAUAUCAAACAAUUAUUUCCAUAAACAAACAUAAAUGAUCGAAAGUGUCGAAUUUCAUCUCUCACUUCUGAUUGUUUAUAUUAUGGUUGGUUCGAUAAAAAUAUAAUUAUUUUGGAAAACGCUACAGGGUGGCUCAGGAAUAGUGAUACACACUGUGAUCUACACAGUAAACAAGGUUCUGAACCAAAAAAAAAGUGAAUGUUAAUCAUAAUCGAAAUGUUUUUUUCAUAUUUGUUUCCUUGAGGCUUAAAUGAAACUGUGCAUUUUUAAGGAAUUUGUCGAAACUUCCGCCAAGCCUUCACAGGUCCAACUUCAAUAUCUUGUUCAACAUCAUGCCCCUCUGGAACAUUGUGUGACACAAACACUGGAAUAUGUCGAACAUUUCGAACAAUUGGCUAA